UAUGGCGCAUUCAAGGACUGCAGAACAAAGUUGCUGCCGACGUAAACACUGACUCCGCCCUUAGCACACAUUUACCCCCCCUCACCCGUCAGCCCUCCCUCUGCUGGUCCGCCUGCAUCUUCAACCAUGAGGAAGACUCAGCACAGUUCUCACCUUCCCAUCCCCCACACCCUCCACACAGCCACACAGAGGCCAAUAAGGUCAAAGAGUGGCAUCAGAUGGGGCGCACUGCACGUGCACAUCGCGUGGCAGAUUCAUCACAAAGAGCAGCUCAAGAUGGCCUCCAUGGAGAUGCCACGUCCCCGUUUCCUGUCAUACGACCGCUUGUCUCGCUCCCACCCCUUCAAGACGAGUCCCCUUCUGCAUUCGGACUUGUGGCCGAGAAGAGAAGUCGGCGAGAGGAGCUGCGACAUGACCUGAGUUGGAAUGACCACAGGGGGCCCGCACCUCCCCGAACGCUCCAAGAAAUGUGGUGGCAUCACAUGGCGUCCAGGAAAUGGCAGCAAGAGAGUGACAACACCUUCAUCCAGGUAAAGAAGAUGAAGACCAUGACCGCGACAGUGCCACACACGGGUGUUCACUGGUACUGUCAUGCAGACGUUCCACACAGGAACGAAUUUAAACAGCUAAAUUCUCAGCAUCUUCCAUUGGACGACUUAGUAAACAGUCACAAGAUGAUCAAAUGGCCCCAGGGUGGUUUUGGAAGCUCCUCUGGGCCUUGCUGUCUUCUUCCCACCAUUAUGGGGCCUCACGGGGCAGCGCACCUCAGCAGGGCGACACCUACAGGUGAUGAGAAGCACCUACAACUCUUCUACUCACCCUCAUCCUGUAUAUAUUUUUAAAAUACAUAAAUCUGGAUUUUUAAUCAGUUUGUAUUAGGUCAUAUUUAGCUGUGUGUAUACAGGGUCAGAUGCAUUUAUUAAAAUGUGUUUUUAAAAUUACAAAAUAUUCCAAAAUUUCUAUGAAAAAGUCAUAUGGUUUCAGCUUUUCAAAGGAGGAAAUGUUUGAUAAUAUAAUGUAUAAAAGUGUGUGGGUUAAAGCAGCAUCACUGCCAAGUGUAAAUAUAAAAGCAACAGAAGCAGGUUUUAUUUAAAAAAUAGCAAUUCAAGUAAACAUUGAGUUCAUUAAAAUUAAUGUAAAACUUUAAAAAGUCAGUUUUAAGUAGUGUCGCAUAGAUUGGGAAAGAAGGCGGAACGUUCGUCACAAGGAAUGUUCUGGUUGUAAUAAAGUGGCGUUGCUGCGUUGGUCACACCACGUCCAUGCCCAGACCCCUUGCCACCAUCGUCAGUGCUUGCACAGCCCCAGACGUGCCCCCGGGGUCACAGUCCUCCUGCGCGGCCCCGCCAACCUCAUCCUCGAUGUGGGGGAUGGUGCUCAUGACACAGUAGACGGGUGAGUCGCCGCCUCUGCGGGGGCUGACCGACGGGUCCUCGCCGCCGGACUGUUCCGAGGAGUAAGAGGAGGCGGAGGAUGAGGCGGAUGAAGAGGAAGUCUGAGAGGUGUGUCCCAUCUCGGGCGUGGCGGCGGCUCUCUCGCUGCGGGUUCUCUGGCUUUUACGGAGGCUGGGAGGUUUCUUCGCCAUGUUCUUCAUGAUCUCCUUGGUCACUUCCACCGUCUCCACACGCACCAUGUUCAGCUUCAGGAAGCCGUCCACAUCCUUUCUGUAUCUGAGAAAUGGAACCCUUCAUUAUUUGUCAUUUGCAUAUCGUAAUUUCCGGUGUAUAAGCCGCACAUAUGCACGUCAUAAAGUGGCAUAUUGUGGCGCACACGAGUCCGUGAGGACCAUUCAGCACUGUAUUUGACAGGAUCCAAUCAUGAGCUACGAAUAAACUCACAACAAGCUUGCCAACCCAUUGGAAAUUGCAGGAGCUCAUGACUAAAUAUAACAGUCUGACUCACGGUGUCAUCUUACAAACAACAUUAAACUCAUCACACAGCAACUUAACACUCAAACGUUAUCCCUCCGAAAUAUAGAAACAUGUCAAAUGGGAUAUUGAGUGCAGAGAAAGACGUGACACUAUGCAUCCUCGAUAGGGUGAAACUAACCUGUCUCAUGACGCUCUAAUCUCAGCUCACGCUCGCUAUUAGUGGCUGAACAAAUCAAUGCUUGGUGAGUCCGUGCCAGAAUUGAACAGCGUCCUAAUUCCGUUAAAACAUCGGCUCUCUCUCUUUUGGUGAGCUGUGUCCUUCAGUGGCAGUUGUCUUAUGCGAAGAAGCCAUAUUUCCUUGUCUUGACAGCCAAAUCCGUUGCCGACCAUCCGUCCAUCUUCCUAAAAUCCAUUGCCUUAACUUGAAAGCGGCAUUAUAUCCAGUUCUUUGUGUGUUUUGUGUGACAGACGCUUGUAACUACCGGCUUCACUGCAAAUGUACACAACGCGUCUACAUUACGGUACAGUAGGUGGCGGUAUGCUUGUAAACGUUGGUUGCGACCCGAACAAUUAGGAACAAGAAGAGGAAGAAGAACGUAAGAGGAUAUGACGUGUACUCCUGUGGUGCUACGUACAUUAACAUACAUAAGGUUUUCGUAGGGUCACUUGUGGAAUUGCUGGAUUAUUAUCCAUUAUUUCUGCUGGAUUUAGCCUCUGGACUUCAAAAGAACUGCCACCUUUGAGUUUAGUGAAUAAUUGCAAAUCCAACAAUGUUUUACAUUUGGUUAUAGUACUGUAUAAACUGUGAUUGGUUUUGCACAGGGCUAGCAAACGCCAGCGUGUUUUGGUUGUUUCCUGAACUUACAAGAAGAAAGUUGACAAAUUUGAAAAUAAAAAAAAAAUGGCAGAAAUGGAAAAAAGUAUUAAUUUUACCAAGUCAAAAUAUGAAGAGAAAAAAAGUUGUAUUCUAACGAGAAAAAAGUUGCAAUUACAAUUAAUAUUACGAGAAUAAACUCGUAAUAUUAUGAGGGGAAAAUGUAAUUUUAGUAGCAUAGAGUUGAAAUAGUAAAGAAAAAAAUGGUUUUUUAAAGUAUUAUGAGAAACAAAAAAUAAAGUGAGAUUUUUCAAGAAUUAGGUUGUGGAAAAAGCUAUGAGAAAGUUAUGACAAUAAAUUCAAAGUAUUAUGGGAAUAAAGUCAUACUUACGGGAAGAAGGAGAAAUAGUAAUAAUAAAAAAAAAAAACAACCAAAAACAUCAGCAGAAAUGUUAAAAAAAAACAACUGCAAUUUUCCCAGAAUAAAGUCAAAAUAUGAAGAGAAAAAAAGUCAUUCUUACGAGAAAAAAAGUCUCAAUUUUAUGAGAAAAAAACUCAUAUUAUGAGUGAAAAUAGCGUCAUUUUAGUAGCAUAGAGUUGAAAUAAUAAAGAAAAAUAAGUUAUUUUUUAAAGGUUGUAAUCCUAUGAGAAACCAAAAAAAUAAAGUGGGGUCAAAAGUGAGGAAAAAGUUAUAAUAAUAUGUGAAUAAAGUCAUAACAUUACGAGAAGAAAAUUUAUGAAGAUUAAGAAAGUUGAAAUAUUUGGGGGAAAAAAAACAUCAGCAAAAAUGGGGGGAAAAAAGCAAAGAGUGAAGUUGAUAGUAAUAAUGUGCUUUUGCACCUACAGUAUAUCACAAAGCUGAGAUGCAUUUUUUUCUUGAAAUAUCCAUAACUUCUCAGCAUAUUCAUAGAAAAUAUCAAAGUGGCCCCUGCAUCCUUGCAUCUUUCAGUAUGUGGCCUUCGGUGGAAAAAGUUUGCACACCCCGGGUCUAAAACGCUAACAAAUACACUUCCUUGGAGCUUCUAGAGGCGAAGGCACUAACCUGAAACGUGAAUGUCCUGAGGGCCAUUUGAGCUCGUGCUUCUUUCGCAGAUGAAGAGUGAGCGUAUAACACCAGGAGAACACCUUGUCACAUAUGUGACAUUUAUAUUUGGACAUCCCCCCAACCUAUGAGAGGGAAGAACCAAGACAGUCGCUGUCUUCUAACUCGUGAAACGGCAAGCAGAUUGCGGCGCGAUGACUGACCUCAUGCACUCUCUUGAAGUGAUGGUUCAUGGUUUGGAAUGUCUGACAGGAAUAGUCACAGCCCUCGACGGAGCAGUGGAACACCGAGCCCUCGUUGUGGACGUCUGUGUGCUUCUGGAGGUCACGCUGGUUCUUAAAUCUGAGAGGAAAAGCAGACAAGGUGUGGGCGUUAACUGGAAUCAGGCCAUAAUUGGAGAGAGGUUGGUUAUUCUGAGACAAAGGUUUUAUCAGCACACAGCAACUUAAUACUCAAACGGCGUAUAUACAGAUAUGCAAACAUGUCCCAGGGUAAGUUUAAAAUUUAAAAAAAACCAACAUGUUAAAGUUUUCCCAUAAGGCAUUUCGUCUGAGCAACGUAUUCAUAGGGCCCUGCAUUGACAUCAGCUUCCCUCUUGGCUUUGGUCUCUGGCUCCCUCUGGUGGACAAAAGCAGCACGGCAGCACCAUUUUCUAUGCUUUCUAUGCCCCUCCAAUAAAAUGUUUUUCUCAAACUAAAUGCAUUAUGGGAACACUUUCAAAUGAUUUUUUCAUAUUAAACUCGUAUUGGUACAUGUUUCUAUAUUUCUGAGGUAUAACGUUUGAGUGUUAAGUUGUUGUGAUGAGUUUAAUGUUUGUAAGAUGAAAGACUGUUAUAUUGAGUAAUAACCUCCUGCAAUUUCCAAUGGGUUGACGAGCUCGUCCUGAGUUUGAUUGGCUUGAUUGGCUUUGUGACAUGGACACAUGCGGCUUACACACCGGUGCGGCUUAUAUAUGUACAGAUCUGUUUUUUCCUCUAAAUUUAGUGGGUGCGGCUUAUACACAGGAAUUUAUGAUACUUGUCUUUCAACCGUAGACAUCUCUUUGCUUGUGUUCACCUCUAAAUGCAGUGUGCACAAGCAAAACCUAUCCUCACGAAUCUAUAAGCAAUGCAAUAGGACACACCUGCCAGUCACAUCUUCCAAUACUUUUGCUCACUUGAAAAAUGGGUGGGUUCAAAGAAAAACGUGCUUUCUUCUAAGCUGUGCAUCCAAUCCCGAUGUAAAUACCUGGAAAUACAAGCUGAAAUAUUGCUCUCUGCUCUCAUAUUCAUAUUUUGAUGACCCAAAUUUGAUUUCAGUCUGCAGCAAAAAUAAAGAAAUUGAUCUCACAGUGUCAAUACUUCUAGUGCACGGGCGUCAAACUCGUUUAAAACUGUGAAACCAUAUUAAUAUAUAACCAUAACCACCACAACCAUAAUCGGCUCAGGAUAUUACGCCACAUUUGAUUAUGUUGUAUUGUUUCACCAACAAACUUACAUUGAAAGAAGUCAAGGUGCCAAGUGCAAAUUUGAGUAUACGUUAAAAAUAUUAUAUUGAAAAAGUAUAUAUACAGUAUACAUAUAUAUAUAUAUACAUAUAUAUAUAUAUAUACAUACAUUAAGCAAAAAAUCAUCUUUUGAUUUAAAUAAUUUUAUUAUUUUAUUUUAUUUUUACUUAAUAUACAUUUAAAUAAGUAAAAACAAAUAUAUGAAAAUAUUUUUACAACAAUAUUAAAAAUAAUAAAUAAAUAACCAUAUAAAAAUGUAAACAAUAACAAUAAUAACAUCCAGUCUAUACACAAAUAUUUAAAAAAAUAAUAUUAAAAUAAUACAAUAAGUGUCUUUUUGAGGUGCAUUAUUUUCAGGCUUUUCGGGCCACAUAAAAUGAUGAUCUAGAGCGCACUUUAUAUAUUGUAAAAAGAAAAAAAUAAUAAUUUACUGAGUGGGUAAAUAAUUAGUACAAGUAGAUUUUAGAAUAACUGUUUGCAUUGGUGGUUAUUGAUUGAAUUAUUGUUGAGUGUCUUAAAAUAAGUACAGUAUGGAUAUAACUGUUUAAUCGAUUAAUCUAAUAACUUAGUGAAUGAUUACAAGUAUAUAAGUAUAUAAGCAAUUUAUAGAAAUAAUGCGUUUAUAAUGUAAAUAAUUUGCGGAGUAGAUCAACAUCUAUUUAAGUGUGUCAAAGAUGAAAGAGAAAUACUGUUGGUCACAGCUUCUACACACCAAGGUUACCAGGCAGAUACGGCCCAGAGUGUAGUCAAAACAGAAACAUUGGCUGGAGCAAAGAAUGUUUUGUUUAUGUGUUAUCGGGACAGCGAGGGAGCCGGGAGCCUGUCAUCUGCUGGCGUCCAGGAGAAAGUUAUCCUUGGAGAGACUGACACCAAUGAUUUGAGCAAACAAGUAUAAAAAUGACUACGGGACAAUCUGGCGGGAGCGCUCUUUCAUUUUCAGCCAGGAGAUGGGUACAGGUGAAAUGAAACAGGGUCCAGGUACCUGCAGAAACUAUCCUGUCUGAUUUAUCUUUCAAUUAUUAUGUCUGACUUAUUCUUCAAUACAUUUGGAAAAAAUCUAAUUUGUUGUGAGAGUCUUUCUUCCUUCUCAUAACUGGAGUUUGAAAAACACGCAAGGGGGAGGUGAGAUUGGCUUACCUAAUUAAUUUUCCAAAGUGGUCCUUUGACCUUUAGGAGGUUGUGAAGAAUUUCAUCUCCGACAAUAUCUACACUAUGUACUGUAUGUAUAUGUAGGUCAUUCAGUAGUGAUCCUAACAUUGAUGUUAAAAGGACAAAUACAUCAGUUAAAAAGUACACUUGACAGUAAGUGAACAUUGUAAGAAGACUCAUUCCAAAGUCUGAAGUACCUUUUAUCACAGAAGUCACAAGGGAAGGGGCGCUCAUCACAGUGACGGAACCUGAUGUGGAUCUUCAGAGCGGCUACAGUGGUGCAAGUCAUGUCACAGAAAGGACACUUGACCUGAUUCACUGCAACACACGUACGCGACACUAGCAUAAUCAAUAUACAUUCAUUACCUGCAGGAACAACAAUCAAUCAAAAUGUCAUUCGACUGGGCGUCUGAUAGGAGGAUAUGUUGUAAAUAGUAAAUGACUACCAUGCUGACGCACGUGAUCCCUCAAAAGUCUCUCACUGGAAAAGGCUUUGCCACAGUGCUCACACACCAGGGACUCUGGAAGAAAGGGACUUUAAUAUGCUCACAGAGCCAGCGUCCUCCUAGGAAUGCUCGUUUAAAGCGUCCUCUCACCCAUGGGCUCGGCCUGCCUGUGGAGGUGGUCAAAGAGCUUGGUGUUGCUGGAGAACAUGCUGCCACAGGUGGGACAGGCCACCAGUCGCUCCUGGGUGUGGCUGCGCAUGUGUUCCCGCAGACGAUAGCGGAUCUUGAAGAAGGCAUCACAGCCUAGCGGAAGACAUUUAACAAAUGUGUAGAAAUUAGAGCCGCAAAACAGGUACAUUUUGAAACAUUUUAGAACUUUGUAUGCAUGACCGAAGCAUGAUUAGAUGAGUAGGCUUUUAACUGUUGAACGGCAGUUGCAGCUGCUGUUGACGUGUAGUUAUGUAAUGACGAGGGCUGUCAAAUGAUUACAAUUUUUUAUUUCACAUCAAUUAAUCAUGAUUAAUCACCAUGUCACACUAUGUAUGAAAUGUGCCCAUUUGUACUGUAUUUUAUUGAAAGAUAAAUGACAGGGUAGGAUUAUAUAUAUUUGUAUGUUUUAACAGCGCCAAAUUAACAGAAAAUUUAAAUCAAAUUAAAAUUUAAAUCAAUGGCACAUCCAUCCAUCCAUCCAUCCAUCCAUUUUCUAUACCGCUUCAUCCUCAUUAGGGUCGCGGGGGCAUGCUGGAGCCUAUCAAUGGCACAUGUGUCUGAAAAUACUAUAUUUACCUAACACUGGUUUCUUUAAUAGCAGAAUAUUUGAAUUAGACUUUAACUGUGUUAUUAUGAAGAAUGAGGAACUGCGUUCAAAGACACCACGUCAUUUAAGUUGAAUUCACAUCUUUUGAGUGAAUUUUCUGGGAUUUCCGAGCACACUUAAAUGCAUCAAAUUGUACUUCUGCAUUAAGAGUCACAAAGUGAGCGAUAAGAAUAUCCACUGAUGGUUUUUCUUUAGAUUUCUGUUUGUUUAGACCACACAUACAUGCACAAUAAAGACGUUAUUGUGAUGUUUGGAGUGUCUGUGAAUGCAUCUCAUGGUCUGUCUAGUUACAAUGAGGAAGUGUCGUUGCAAUGAUGAAUAGACGUGUUUGUUUGGAGUUGGAGGUACAUAUAUGGUGUUGGAAUUGCACUGCUGUUGAUGUGUUCCGGUCAGAAUAAAGUUAGAAAAGAGCGUCAGACUGUGUGACCCUGUGAGGAGCUACAGCGUGCUGCCGACUGUCAUCAUAACAGAGAGGCAUGGCUUGCCAUGAUGUGUAUGCGUUAAUUACGCUAGAAAUUGUAACAUUAUUAAUUAAGUAAAUUACUUAACGCCGUUAACGCGCUAUUUUGAAAGCCCUAGUAAAGACACAUGGAAAAUAGAUUGCAGUAGAUAAGUUUUAUGUUUACGCUAAAAAGAACUACCCCCAUGAUGCUCCGAGUACGGAACCAGAAAGGUGUGAAUUUCCAAAAUAGGCGCUAGUAUCACGCACUUUGAUGCAAGUCUUAUGCAGCGAUCGUGUUUUGAUCUGUAAAUGUACAAAUACUACAGCUUCUGCUUGGACAUUAACACCGCAGCAGCUGUUCAACUCCGAUGAAAAACAAAGCAGCCUCACGUCUCACCCGUUUGGAUUGCAAGGUUUAUAGUGUGCACAAACCACUUAAUGCGCAGUUCCAAUCCUGCCUCACGCAUUACCACUUCUUCAUUACGUGUAUUAUGAUUCCCGUUAGGGAUGCCAGAGC